AGGCGGGCGGCUAGCGGGACGCAGGCAGCGAGCGAGCACGGAGCGAGCCGCCAGCAGCAUGGAGCCGGCGGGCAGCAUGGAGAAGGGGGACGGCGGGGAGAAGGCGGGCAACGGCCACGCGGAGGGCGCUGAGGAAGGCGGCGGCGGAGGAGGAGGGCGGCUGCGGGGCUGCCGGGGCUUCCUGCGGCGCAACGCGCUGGUGGUGCUGACCGUGUCGGGGGUGGUGGCCGGCGUGGCGCUGGGCGCCGCGGUGCGGGGAGCGGCGCUGAGCCCGGCGCAGGUGGCUUACCUGGCCUUCCCCGGGGAGCUGCUGCUGCGCAUGCUGCGCAUGGUCAUCCUGCCGCUGGUGGUCUGCAGCCUGGUGUCGGGCGCCGCCAGCCUCGACACGCGCUCCCUCGGCCGCCUGGGAGGCAUCGCCGUCGCCUACUUCUUAGGCACCACGCUGCUGGCCUCCGGCCUCGCCGUCGCCCUCGGCUUCAUCAUCCGCCCCGGCGCCGGGGCAUCCGCCCUCAACACGCCCGGCUUGGGGCUGCCGGGCGCUGCGCCCCCCAGCAAGAAGACGGUGGACUCCUUCCUCGACCUCGUCAGAAACCUGUUUCCUGCAAAUCUUGUUGCUGCAGCUUUCCGAACGUAUGUAACAGAGUAUAAGACAGUGCUCAGAAAUACUACCUCUGGAAAUGUCACGGUGGAAAAGAUCCCUGUCGGUAAUGAGAUUGAAGGGAUGAAUAUCCUGGGCCUUGUGCUGUUUGCUCUGGUUUUAGGAGUGGCACUGAAGAAGCUUGGCCGGGAAGGAGAAGAUCUCAUUCGCUUCUUUAAUUCGUUCAAUGAGGCAACUAUGGUCUUGGUCACCUGGAUUAUGUGGUAUGUACCUAUUGGCAUUAUGUUCCUUGUUGGGAGCAAGAUUGUGGAAAUGGAAGAUAUUGUACUUCUGGUGACCAGCCUGGGAAAAUACAUCUUCGCCUCUAUUCUGGGCCACUUCAUCCAUGGAGGAAUCAUUCUGCCGCUCAUUUAUUUUGCAUCCACACGUCAAAAUCCGUACCGUUUUCUCUUAGGACUCAUCACACCGUUUGCCACUGCCUUUGCCACUUGCUCUAGUUCAGCCACUCUUCCAUCAAUGAUUAAGUGUAUUGAGGAAAACAAUGGAGUCGACCACAGGAUCAGCAGGUUUAUCCUUCCUAUCGGUGCAACUGUGAACAUGGAUGGAGCUGCUAUUUUUCAGUGCAUGGCAGCCGUGUUCAUUGCUCAGCUGAACAAUGUUGACCUCAACGCUGGGCAAAUCUUCACUAUUCUUGUGACAGCAACUGCGUCCAGCGUGGGUGCAGCCGGGGUCCCAGCCGGGGGAGUCCUCACCAUCGCUAUUAUCUUGGAGGCCAUUGGACUUCCGACCAACGAUCUCUCCUUGAUACUAGCAGUGGACUGGAUUGUGGACCGAACCACCACAGUUGUCAAUGUGGAAGGGGACGCCCUAGGAGCAGGUAUCCUCAAUUACCUGAAUGAAAAAGACAAGAAAGAUAAAGAGCAGGAGCUAAAAGAAGUCAGCGUAGAAGCAGUUGCUAACAGCAAGUCUGAAGAGGAGACGUCGCCUUUGGUAACCCACAAAAACCAAGUCUCCAACGCAACCAGUACAGCAGACCCUGAAUCCAAGGAAUCAGUAUUGUGAACUAGAGGCCGUUUGUCAACACGCGUCCUAGAAGUGGACCGGGGACUUGUUAACGCACCUAGACGUUUGCAGUGCUAACAAGGGCUGGAUGGCUCUUGAAAGUUUUAAGUUCCAGUCUGUUUUGAAAUUUUCUGACCACGGGAAGGGGAGGGAGGUGGGUUGGGGAGAGAAGGGGCAGCGAGAAAGAACGCUGGCUUUAUAAUAGUGUUUUGAUAAUUCCCAUGUAUACAUGUAUAUAUGUGUUGCAUGUACACACACAUAUACAUGUAGGGGAAAGCAAUGCCAUUUGAGACUUCUGUUUUUACAAGAAAUCUGUUAGUAAAGGCCCUUAUGAGUUGGAGGUGGGGAAGUAGACAAAUCCCAGUAAAUGCUUAUUGUAGGGAGAAAUUAGUAAGCUUAUUGUGCUGCUGUUCAAAUGGAGAUACAGUUUAGAAACUCCAGAGUGGGUGAGAAUGUUGCUUUAAUUUAGUUUCUUGCCUGGAAACAGUUACUGUCAAUUAUACACACAAUAUGAAGCAACAUUUUUCUCCCACUCCGCUUCCUCUCCUGUUCUCCAGUCACUUGAAAACAUCAAAUAGAACCUGGAAAGUAGGUUUUUGUUUUUUUUUUUAAAGUGUCAUAUCUGAAUUAAUCACAGGGGUCCAAACCUUGUUCCAUUCCCCCACUGCAUUGCAGCUCAUAGCAGCUUUCUUGCCUUUUGGUGAGUAAUUCCCAAACUUUGGAACCAAACGAAGGAUAUCUUAGAGCAGGUCAGGAACUGGUUUUCUCCUCCCCUCUUAGCAAGUUGUUGAGAAAAAAGUCCAGAGGAAGCACAAAUUUUGUUAAAGUAAUCCCUCUGGGGCUUAAAAAAUGUGGAUUCUGUUCCAGCAUAAAUAUGUAUAAAAGAGGCUUGCCUGUGACAUCAAGAAAGCAAGAAGUCAGUUCCCUUCAUGAAAACACACAUGCACCUUUGCUAGCACUCCAUGUCCUGCUCAUGUUUGUUUAAUGGGUCAGUCCAAACAAAUUAAGCCAUAUCCCUUUUCCGGCAAAAUUGAACAGGGGAGAAAAAAAUCUGAACACAUGUGGGAACUGACGACAGGCAGGUGUGAUUGUUGGCUUGAAAGGGGAAGAAAGGAGGUGAGUUUCUAACCUCAGUGAUCUCUGGAACAGUUGCAUACCUGUUCCUGCUAGGAAUUUGGUCCUGUUACAAAUGUUCAGUAAUCUCUGAAUGUUGGGACAGUUGUAUCCCUUUUCCUGUUGGGAAUUUGGUCCUGUUACAAACGUUCAGUGAUCUCUGAGCGUUAGAACAGUUGUAUACGUGAUCCUGCUAGGAGUUUGGUCCUGCUACAAAUGUACUUGCAGCAGCAGCUUACAUUUACUUCUGGGUGGUGCUGGGCUGGGGUAAUGCUUAAUGGCAGAUGGUAAACUUUGCUUGAAGCUGA